GCAAACAAUUAUUUUAAUUUAUUUUAAUUUCCUCAGCUUUUCGAUCUCGUGUGUUUACCUUUCACCCCAAAAUUAUUCCAAUUUGUUUUUAAACGUUUAUUUCUUUUCUUCUUUAGUUUUAUCUCUACUACAUUCAUUUCUUUAUUUAUUCAAAAAUACUUCAACCAAAAUGUCUUGCUUUCUUCCAAAUGGUACUAAACGUCCAAUUCUUGAUGUUAAUUCUGAAUAUUUGGUUUAUUUAUGGAAUUUUCCAAAUCAUUUGCCAAUGCAAAAUAUUAGAAAGGAUGUCUUUCGUCGUUACGGCUUUGUUCGCUUUAUUGAAACUUUUGAAGCUUGGAAAGACAGAAGAAUUGGGCAAAUUAUUUUGGAAUUUACUGACCAAAAAGAAAUGAAUGAUUUUAUUGAGGCUUUUGAACGUAAAGAAGUUUUAAAUAAUUUUGAGCCGCCGAUUGAAUUUAUUUAUCUUCAAAAGAUGGGCAAAGAAAAAUUUUUUGAUUACGUCAAAGAAUGGUCAGGUGUCGAUUUGCUUUCUUGUCGCGGAAUUCCGCCAAGUUUUGACAGGAAAAGCAGGAAUCCUUCAACUUCAUUUUCUUCGCCUCGUUUUUCUUCAAAUAAUAAUGGAAUAUAUAAACAUGUAGAUGAUCAAAAAACUCAAAGAAAUUCUCCCAAUAUAUUUUCUAGAGUUAGGGUAGAAAAAGAAAAUGACAACAGAGUUGGUGAACAUCUUCGGCAAUUUGGUGGAAGAGGCACUGUAGGAACUGGGUCAUUUGGUGGGAAGUCAUCAACAGAAAAUAAUACAAAUAACAACAGGAUUAACAACAAUUCAUUUGGUAGAGAUGAUGAUAGAAAUGGUGGUUGGAAUUCUCGUGAUCGUUCUUUAUCCUUUGGUACUAGACAAAAUGGAAGCAAUAAUUCAAGACUUCAAUACAACAAAGGAAAUGAUAUCGGCAAUAAUGGAAUUAAUGGGGACGAUAAAAUUAAAGAUAACAAUGCUCGUCAAUUUGGUAAUGCUGCUGAAGGUGGUUUUGGUUCUCGUCGUGGAACUGGUAAAAAAGGAAGAAUUCCGAGGCCAUAUGCUUCUGAAUGGGAAAAUAGUGUUGUUUCUCCUCGUAAUGAACAAAUACAAAAUUUCAAAAAUCAAGACAAAUUUGGAAACGAAAAUUUAAAUAAUAAUGGACGUUCUGUCUCUUCACUAUCUUCUCCUUCAACUUUGAUUAAAGGUUUGAAAGUUGUUUUUAUAUAUUUUACGAAAAAGAAAGUGAUUAUAUGUGAUUCAAACGACGACAUCCUUGAAAAUUCUAACACUCAAAAUGUUUGCCAAUCUACCAAUAAUAAAAAUAUUAAUUUGGAAGAAAAUGGAAAUGUUGAGAUAAAUGGUAAAGACAAUAAAAUUAAUGGAGUCAAGAAUGAUGGAGGAAAAUUCAAAAAUAAAGAGAAAACCAACCAAAAUAAAGAAGAAAAAGAAGAGGGAGAAUUGACAGAUGAAGAAGACUUUAAAGAUUUAUCAAAUACUUCAACUUUAAGUGUUUGUUCAACAACAAGUUUGGCAACAGUUCGUCGUUUAUCUCAAUCGUCAGAUAAAAAUGAUAAUCUUUAUAACGAAGCUGAAACCCGUCCAGCAUCUGCAGCAGCUUCUCAUUUUAAUAAAUAUCGAACUAAACCGCCUUCGCUUGCUUCUGAAGAUGAUGAAGGGAGAAAUACAAUGCUUAUUCGAAAGAUCAAGCUUGGUUUCAGUAUUGAAAGAAUUCUUGAGGAUUUGCAAAAUUUUGGAGAUAUUAUAGAAUAUAAACAAUUGGAUGAGACGACAGCAAUAUUUAAAUUUUUGGAUGCUUCUGAAGCUGAAUUGGCUGCUAAAGUUGUUUCAAAAAAUUCUAAUCUGUUUGGAAAUAUGGCUAUUUUUGAGUUGCAACGUUAA